AUGGAUUUUUACUUGGAAAUUGACCCUGUAACCUUGAACUUGAUCAUCCUGGUAGCUAGUUAUGUUAUUCUGCUUUUGGUGUUCCUGAUUUCUUGCGUGCUAUAUGACUGUAGGGGGAUAGAUCCCAGUAAGGAAUAUGCUCCUGAGGUUCCUACGGAUUCCCAGCCUCCAAUCCGGUUGGUGGUGAUGCAACAGAACUGCCCUGGUACCCGCUGGGCAAAAGGACUUGUCUCUGCUUAUGAAAAUUCUUCUGAUCUCCCAGGGAAAAGAACUACUGUGGUUUAA